AAAUAUCCACUAACAUGUUAUCAAUCAGAACUGCUUCACGUGGAGUCUCUAAAAUCCCCACCAGCUCAAUUGGUGCCAUCAGAACCAAGGUUACUUUACCCGAUCUCGAUUGGGAUUUCGGUGCCUUGGAACCUCACAUCUCCGGCCAGAUUAAUGAGCUUCAUUAUACCAAACAUCACCAAACCUAUGUUAACGGAUACAACCAAGCCAUUGAACAACAUGCCGAAGCCACCUCCAAAGGUGAUGUUAAGAAGACCAUUGAAUUGUUAAAAAACAUCAACUUCCAUGGUGGUGGAUACACCAACCAUUGUUUGUUUUGGAAGAACUUGGCUCCCGCCAAAAAUGGCGGUGGUGAACCUCCGGCUACCGAUUCGGAGUUGGGUAAGAAGAUUGCCGAACAAUACGGAAGUGUUGACAGUUUGAUUUCCCUUACCAACACCAAGUUGGCUGGAAUUCAGGGUUCUGGUUGGGCUUGGAUCGUCAAGAACAAGGAGAAUGGUGCCAUUGAAGUUACCACUACCUAUAAUCAAGACACCGUGACUGGUCCAUUGGUGCCAUUGGUUGCCAUUGAUGCGUGGGAACAUGCCUACUACUUGCAGUACCAAAACGUCAAGGUUGACUACUUCAAAGCUAUCUGGAAUGUUAUCAACUGGAAAGAAGCUGAAAAGAGAUUCUUGGUAAACUAAGUAAAUGUUAGCGUAUAUACUUUAUUUAUAGUGUUUUAGUACACAGUGAUGAACCGUAUCUAGAAUGUAGCUACCCCUAGUAAGUGAGCAGCAUUUUUGGCAUCGACCACAUUAUCGAUUUCAGAUUCUUUACCCUCUGUUUCGGCAGCUUCGUUCUUCUCCUGUUCCUUCUUUUGCUUGAGGUCUUGCUCUUCGCUUAGAGACCGGAAAGUUCUCAGGGACCAGGAGUCUCCACUGGCCAGUUGGGAUUGCAAGAGAUUAUGCUUUAAGUUGCUCAAGUUUUCCCGGUUAAGACGGGACAAACCUCCUUUGUCAUCCACAAUACGAAUGUCAAGACGGAUGUUUUCCAAAUGCUUCAAGAUCUUGCGAUGAUGGUCUACUCGGUUCAAAGUGUAGUUCUUUAAGAGCUUGUGGAAUUUCAAUUCCGUGUGCUGUAGCACCUCAUCUUUUUCAAAGAUCAUUUCCCCAGAGAUUCUCUUCACCUGAAGGGUCAACGAUUCUUCUGCUUUAGUAGCAAAUUCAAGUGAUCUUAAUGCUUCGUCAACUUUAAUAGGGUCAAGGGCCGAUUUGCUCUUCAUCUUAUUCGCAUGCAAGUGUUUGAUCUUUGUCUGUUGCUGAGCUUGAACGAGUUCUCUCAUUAUCAAGUGUCUGUUCGUCAAUGCUUCUUUAACUUGAUAGAAGUCUUCAACAAAAAUUCUUAGACCAUCUCCCAAGGUCCCCAUCUCAUUAUACAGUUGAAUGAGAAUUAAAUCGGCCUCUAUGAGCUU